AUGAGAGCUGUAACAAUUAAGGGUACUCCAUUCAUAAAUAUCAGAAAGGAUGAUGAGUUAGAAAAUAUGUUUUAUGAAGUACUAAGAGAAAUAUGUAUUACUCUCAAUUUCAGUUUCUAUGUUGUGUCGGAAGUAAUAGAGUAUGGAAGAUGGAAUCCAGAGGAAAAAACUUGGACUGGUGCAAUUGCAGAACUAUAUACAGGACGUGCUGACAUUUCUCUUGCAAGAUUUUCUAUUACUAAAGACAGACUAAAUGCCGUUGACUUCACGUUUCCUCAUUUAAUCUCCAGAAAUUAUCUCUACAUUCAUAAACCGGAAAUAUUUACAGUUAAAUGGUCAUCUUAUUUUCAAACUUUCACAAAUUCUGUUUGGAUGGCUAUGUUUGGUGUAUUUAUCAUGGAAUGGAUUUCAUUGACUUUUCUCAAAAUGAAGUAUGGAACUGAUCGUAAAAUAGGAUAUUUAUUGGUCGAUAAUUUUAUAGAGAUAUGGGGUAUAGUUUGUCAACAAGGACUUAUCGAUUUUUCUGGUAGAUCUUCUCUACGAAUAACAUACCUCUCUCUAUUUUUUUUGGUUACUGUCUUUUGGGCAAGCUAUUCAGCUACUUCAAUAAGCAUUUUGACUUCAGUAAUCAACGUUUUACCAUUUCAUUCAUUCAGAAGCUUCGUUGCAGAUGGUACUUAUCAACUUGCUGUUCUUCGUGGUACAUCUUAUUAUGACAAAUUCGCAAACUCAAAAGAUCCGCUUGCAAAGAAGGUUAUGAAGUUAAUGUUAGAAGAAGAAAAAUUGCCCAUUAGCGAAUUUGAGGGAUUUAAAAUAGUCUGUGAAAAUCGGAAGCUAGCAAUGUACACGAGUGAUGAAUUGAACAGUAUAGGAAAUCUGAAGAUGCCAUGCGAUAUAAUUCGUAUUGAAACAGGACAUAGAAACAGUUUUGCUAUGGUUUUAUCUAAACACAAUCCAUUCACCAAUCUCAUCAAUUUUCACACUAGUUUGUUCUAG